GUUUAGGUUUUCUAAAUAGACAAAAUGGCCAAAGUUGACAGGAAAAGGUUCGAGUGUAAUGCGUUACCCAAGGGUUGGACUCGAGAAGAAGUGGUAAGAAAAGCAGGUCUCUCGGCUGGAACGAAAGACAUAUUUUAUUACAGUCCGAAUGGGAAAAAGUUUCGAAGUAAGCCUCAGCUGGUACGUCACUUGGGUGAUGCUGUUGAUUUGACAACAUUUGACUACAAGACAGGAAAAAUCAAUGCAAUACUUUUAAGAAAGAAUCGCAAGAAGGCUCAACCUGACUUGGCAAGAGGAUUCCGUAAUGACUUGUCCGUCAUCCCUCCAAUCAGGCAAACAGCCAGUAUUUUUAAGCAACCUGUUACCAUUGUGAAAUCACAAGAGUGCAAAGUACGACAUGAAUUGAAGCACGGUCGCCAAGAGAAACCCAGACAGCUUUUUUGGGAGAAACGGUUAGAGAACCUCAAAUUUCUGAACUCUGGAAGUGAAGAGAACAGUCGCCUUCCCCCUUCCAUCAAGCCAAUUGGCCCUAAUGUCAACUCUGACACAGCACUUCAAUCGCUAGUUUCUUCUUUGCACACGGUCAUUCAAGGAGUCUCAAUAACUGGCCAGACCGGAUCCAAAUCAGCCUUGGAAAAGAACGCCGGGGUGUUUCUCAAUCCUGAUCAACCUUUGGUUCAGGGUCUUGUGAUAUCGGAGAGCGACAUUCGCAAGCAAGAAGAAAGAGUCCUUUCUGCCCGCGUGAAACUACAAGAAGCUCUUCGUUCGUUAUGAUUUUCUUCUUGGUGAAAUAUAUAUAAUUUUUUUUAAAUUUUCUCCCAGCACGAAACAUCAAACCAGAAAAAGACAAAAAAAUAAUACGUGAUGAUUCUUCUUCUAUGUGUCUCAAAGCCUCAACUUUAUAAUGGUGUGUAAUAUCGUCUCCCGCGUUCCAUUCUGGGUGCGUGGUAUUUUGUAUUCCCCGACUGGUUUAACAACAACAACUCUUCAUGUUCUAAAUGACUCAAAUACAAAACAAAAUCUGA